GCGGGAUGAUUAGCCUCCCGUCUGGACCAGCGUUCUCCGCGAGGCCGCUCGGUUAAUUGAUUAUUAGUGAACGUUUAUUGGUGUUUGACAGCGGCCGUUAAUAUGGAAGAAGACUGUGAUGUGGCAGAAGACGUUGACUGUCCAAGUCUUCUGUGUGAAGGACUGGAUGAUCUGGAAACAAAGAAUGAUCAAGGGAGGAGUAGGAGAGAUGGAGAGGAGGAGGUGUUUAAUCAGAGGGAGGAUGAAGAGGCAGGAGAGAAAACAGAGAGAGAUGAGAAGGAGGGGGAGGAGGAGAAGGGUAAGAGAAUGUCUCGAAGGGAACUUAUGGUAACAGAGGGAGAAGAGGAAGAGCAGAUGAAGCCAGAGAGUAGGCUGGAAGAGGAGGAGGCACAGGAGGUGCAGAUGGAAGACAAUGAGAUCGAGGACAACAAGAAAACAGGUUCUGAUCACCAAGAGAAUAAAGAAUCAAAACAUCCAGAGGAAAAAGAGGAGCAGAAAAAGAGUAAGAGGAGGAGAGGUAGGAAGCAAAGUGAACGAGUAAGAAACAGGAGAGGAGUAAAAGCAGUUGGUGAGAGGAUGGCGGAGAAAAAGAAGAAUCAGACACAGGAGGUGUCAGUGAGCUCAGAGGAGAGCUCGGCUCUGUCAGAGCCUCAGUUUGGACUUCACAGCAUUGACGUGUCCAACCCCAUCAACGUGGGUUGUGGGGGUACAGGGAUGUAUGGUCCCACAGUUCCCAUUCCUCUGCUCUUCUCCUCACAAACUCAAGUCCCUAUUCAACCUGCACCACCUCAGCCCCACGGGACAAAGAGGCCUCACAGCCCCCUUCCGCCUCACACUCUCCCCCAGCAGGGCUCACAGCCUGUUGAGAUGGAGAUAACACAGGUUUACUCCACCCGACGCUCCAUCCGCUACAGCACCAGGGGCAGAGGCCGGGCCCUCAGUUUCCCUCUGCUCCCGGGGCUAGAGACUGUGGACAGCUACCUGCUGCCUCCUGCACCGAAGAAGAAAACACGGACACUCUACAAUACUGAUCAGUUAGAGCAUUUAGAGGCUCUAUUCCAGGAGGACCAUUAUCCUGAUGCAGAGAAGAGGAAGGUGAUUGCAGCUUCAGUUGGUGUCACCCCUCAGAGAAUUAUGGUCUGGUUUCAGAACCGCAGGGCUAAAUGGAGGAAAGUUGAGCGCUCCAUCACAGCAAAGGUUGAACAUAGGCAAAGUAGAGUUGGAUGCAGCAUCAUUAGCCCCCCACAUCACCAAAUGAAUCCCAUCCCGCCCACAUUGGCACCUAAUAGUAAGGGGGAUCCCUGUUAUCCUGGUCACUUUGCCACAAAACUGCCCCACAUUGCCCCUGCAGCACCUUCUUUGCCCACCCUGUCCAUCCAGACCCCGACCUCUUACAGCAACCUGCUGGCCAGCCCAGGUCAUUCGAGAGUGAGAGAUGGGGGCCUGCAUCAGCUGUCAUCUCAGGGAGGGCUAACAGAGUACCACCCUCGUCCCAUGCACAGUCCCCCCCCCCUGCGGCGAGCCAGUCUUCCCCUUUUCACAACGACGUACAACCCCUCCAACCCCACUCCACCCCUCCUCAACACCCCAGAUCAAACCCCACCUCUGUUUCUGGAUGCUCUGGAGGGCGGCUCCUCCUUGGCCCAUCGUGACACUCAGUCGCUGCAGACUGACAUCAGUUCUCUGUUUGACUUUGGGGAGAAGCUUGACUACCUGACGUCCAGCCAGCAGAACAACAGUCUCUCCUACUUGCUUCAGAACUCCUUCCCCAGCAGCCAGCCGCAGCACCAGGCUCAAGCAUCUCUACCUCGCAUGGCUUACCUAACCCCCUCCCCCUACCUCACCCCCAACCCUCCAGAUUCCAACCCCACCUCCUACCUGACCUUUGGCCCCGGAGGAAACUCCACGGGGGUGGUGACCUAUUCCACUGGAGGGCACACCUAUUUCCAGUCCCAGAGUGCUGGACAAAUCCUUCUGCAGUCCACUGGUCAUCAUGGUGGGCUCACUGGAUACCAGUCGUACCCGUGGGGUAACGUGUACAACCAGCCGUCCAUGCACCAGCGCACUCAGUGCCCUCCAUCUUACCCUGCCAGCUUGGGGACUGCUAGAGAUCGCCAGCCACCCUCCUCCACUACGCUGCCUCCCUCAUUCUACCCUCAGGGGGAACUUGGGCUUUCCCAGCGCUCAUCACACUUCCAGCCACACACCACCUCCACCGCCACCAGCAGCAGCAGCUCCACCGUCCUCCCGCCUGUGUCAACGCUGCGACCCUCACACCUCAGAGUGGAAAGCACACCAACAAAGGUUACAUCCCUGUUACAUUCUCAGGUCAGCCCUGCCUCUCCAGAAAGCCCUCCAGUGCCCCCUUGUGUCAAGAUUGAGUACGAAAGCCCCAGAGAGAUUCACAGCCACUUCCACUGCGACUUCUCGCCCAUACAUUUUUGACUGUUUGUGUGUGUGUGUGUGUUUAAAAUAUCUGUGUAAAUAUAACGUGUGUUUGAGAGUGGUCCUGCCAUUUCUACCUAGUAUAUUACUAUUAUAAUUAAUGUCAGGAGGCUUGUUUGAGCUGCAUUUAGCUGUGCUGCAAUAAAUGU